AUGCCGGGCCUGCCACUCGAGCUGCUGCGGCUGCUGCUGCUGCUGCUGGUGGCCGUGUCUUGGCCGCCGCCGGGGGGCGCCCUGGCCCCGGGCAAGAAGCCUCCCGCCGCCGCAGACCCGGAUCCGGACCCGGCAGUCUACACGUCCCAGGAGCUGCGGAGACGCUUCGAGGAGCUGCUGGCCCGACUGCGUGCCAACCGGAGCGCAGAAGCUUUGCACGCCGAGCUCAGCCCCGCGCCCGCGGUCCGCACGCUCAGCCCGGAACUGCAGCCUGGGCCCGACGGCAGCCUGCACCUGCGCAUCCCCAGGAGAUCGCUGCCCCCGGGCGUCCCCGAGUUCUACCGCGUGCACCGCGCCCUGCUCCGCUUGUCCCCGGGGGCACCCGAGCCUUGGGACGUGACUCAGCCUUUGCAGCGCCAGCUGCGCCUCCGAGGAUCCCGGGCGCCCACGCUGCUCCUGCGCUUGUCGCCGCGGUCUGACCUGUGGCGAGCGCCACUCUCCGGGCAGCCACAGCUGGAACUACACCUGCGGGCACGUGCCACCAGAGGGCGCCGUAGCACGCGCAUGCGCACCAAGGACGACUGCCCGCUGGGGCCCGGGCGUUGCUGUCGCCUGCACACUGUCCGCGCGUCGCUGCAAGACUUGGGCUGGACCGACUGGGUGAUGGCGCCGCGUGAGCUCCAUGUGGGCAUGUGCAUGGGCGAAUGCCCCAGCCUGUACCGCUCCGCCAACAUUCACGCGCAAGUCAAAUCGCGUCUGCACAGCCUGAGGCCGGACUUGGUGCCUGCACCGUGCUGCGUGCCCUCCAGCUACGAACUGGUCGUGCUUAUGCACAAGACAGACAGUGGCAUCUCGCUGCAAACCUACGAAGACCUCGUCGCCAAAAGCUGCCACUGCGCAUGAGCAGGCAGGCCGCUGCAGAAAGCAACCGGCCCUCUCCACGCCCACAUGGGGGCGUGGUCUAAUAUAUCUCCGCCUACUUAGGGUGGGUCGAUGUCUCGGCCCCUCCCCUCCCCUUCCUGAUAACUAUUUAUAAACUCGUAUUUAUUGUUAAUUUAUUGGGGGUUUCCUGCUGGGGGGUGCACAGCUGACUCCAUGGAAUAUGCAUUUAUUUAAAACUAUUAAUAAAAGUAAUGUGCAAAGAAAGGGAUCCUGUGAAGUUCAGCGUUGAGGUGGGUGUCUCUUUAGAAUCCUCUCUGAGUUCGGGGCCCACUAGCUAGAUUGUCUGUCACCACCCCGUUGUCUCCACUUUCAAGUCACUUUCCAAACCGCGGGCAACCCAGAGCUCUGGUUUAGUGGGGACGCAGCCUCUGGGCUCACACACGCAAAGAGCAGGAGAUGAGGGACACUACCCCUAGCUCCUCCCAGCUGGGUAAUCGUCCCCCUCUGUCACCUGCCUCUGCCCUCUGAGAUUUGCAGCAGACCUGGGAAGAGGCCUGGGGGGGACAGAUGCUCUGCUUCUGACAGGAAGAUGUCCCCAGGGAGUGGCUCUGCCAGAGGCCAGCCUGAAUGGCCACAGUGUCCCCAGAUAGACUCAGGAGGCCCUGAGGUCACACAGUUGCCAGACAAAUGGCGCCCACUGUGAGCCUGGACAUGUGGCCAGAAAUCCUAAGGGCCAGGAGCUAUGCCAAGGGUUCACACAGACACAUGGGCUGUUGGCUCCUUCCAGAAGGGAAUGGGGGGGGUGCUAGAGGGGCCGGAGGUGUUGUGUCCCUAGAGUGGGACAGCUGAAGGACAGGCAUGACAGGCAGGGACAGCAGCAGUGCCAAGAUCCCGGAGCAGGUGUGGUGCCCGGGGGCAGUGCCUUUAAAAUUGCGGCCUGAGGAGGCCUCUGAAUGAGACUCCAUGGCAGAGCUGGUUCGAAGCCAGCAGAGCCUCCAUGGGUCUGUACCUGCUGGCCCCGGUGGAUGCUUGCCAGCCCUGCGCUGGUUGUGUGGCCUUUCACGCUGCCUACCUCUUCUUCAGCACUUUUUUUUUUUUU